UGGAUAACGCGAUGGCGAACGACGGCGCAACCACCGUCGAUCAUCACCUCGGCGAAAUCAAACGAUCAGGAGAUUCAAUCAGCUUUCUGCCUGAUGAAAUCCUCCAACAUAUCCUCUCCUUAAUUCCGACCAAAUCCGUCAUCACAACUUCCGUCCUGUCCAAACGAUGGAGGCAUGUAUGGUUCAAUACACCUUCUCUCUCCUUUGAUAGCAAUACAGUGAGUGCUGAUACGAUUAACCAAACCCUAGCUCAGUACACGGCUCGCAAGAUGGAGACUUUUCAGCUCUGUAGCAGCGUGACCGACAAUCUUCCUCACAUCGACAGGUGGGUGGAGUUUGCCACGUCCCGAAACGUGGAGAAUCUGACGCUGGAUUUGGAUUUUCGUUCGUACAACAUUCCUGACUUCUUCUACACGGUUUCUUCUGUUAAGCAACUCAGCCUUGAGUUACACUCUUCUCCUAUGAUUCCCAAAUCCUCUGUUUCUUGGACAUCACUGAAAAAGCUGUCCUUGCGUUCUUGUAAGCUCUCUGAUGAAUCCGCUGCUAGGAUUCUAUCGGGUUGUCCGAUUAUCGAGAGCUUAACUUUGCAUCUCUGCGACCAACUUAGGGUUCUUGAUCUCAGCAAAUCACAGCGGCUGAGAACAUUAAAAAUAGAUGGGAUUCUAGGGCCAAUACAGAUUGUGGCCCCACAUAUCCAUUAUCUCAGUUUGACAAACUUUAGGUUAUCAUGUACUUUAGUUGAUGUCUCCUCGUUAACCGAAGCUAAACUAAACAUUAAUGUUGGCUUUUGCCCGUUUGAAGAACUGAAAGCAACGUUGCAAGAGAUGCUAGAGAAGGUUCAUAACGUAGAUAAGCUUACUUUUGGAAAAAAACUUUCUUCAGUCUAUAUGUUAAAUGCUCAACAGAUGUAUUGGUUAUCUCUUGUCGUCAAGGUCCAACGAGGUGCAACUUUUCCGGGCAUCAAGGUCAAAGAUUUGACGCUUGAGACAAGAAUCUCUCCACAUGUAGUUCCUGGCAUAAACAGGCUGCUACAAGGCUCACCUGAACUAAAGAAGCUAACAGUACACGUAACGGAAUCUGGCACUGUACCGUUACCGAAGAAGAUAUCGGACAUUGUCUACCGAAAGCAUGUAAACUAUUUCAUGGAACAAAUACUUAAAAAGCACGAAGACAUUGGAGAAGAUGAUUGUAAGGGUCUUGAAGAAUUGCUUUGUCAGAUGGUUCCAGUGCUUUCCCACAAGCACAAUGUCUCCAUUGUUCUUAGCUCAAUCAAACCGGAUCCAUUCGAACCGGGGGCGGGUACGGCUUCUUCUCGGACAACACGUGUAAAUUUAAGGCAGAAAAAACCUCCCGGAAAGGUCCCAAAAAGGCUGUGGACCACGGUUCGUGGGCGUACGUCAUCU